AUGUUCAAACGAGUCAAUAAACGUCUGCAGAAACAGCAGAAAGACGAAGAGCUGGGCCUGGAUGCGGACACCAAGGCGGCUUUGGGUCUCCAAGACGAUAGCGGCUCGGACGACUUCUUGAGUUCGGACUCGGACACCGACGACUCUGACCCGGAGGAUCCUAAUGAAGAGGAGGGAGGGGAGGAGCACUUGGCUGCAGGCGAGAGUGAUGAGGAGGACGAGGUCGAAGAUGAGGUCGAUGAGUCGGAUGCUGACGAGCCUCCGGUAUCACUCACCGAGGCUCUGAAAGACCCAUUGUACACCAUCUCGCUCGAGCCCGAAAUCAAGGCGUGCGUGUCAUGUCCGGGAAGACUCCUCAAAAAUCCGACGAUGGAGGAAGUUCACAGAUCGUCCAAUGCACACGUACGCCGGUACAAGAAGUUCAGGCAGGCCGCGGGCGAGAGGAGUCUAGACACCGACGUGCGAGAUAUCCUCAAGGAGAUUUCGGCAGGGCCUGAAAAACAAAAUACCGACAAGCUUUCAAAACGUGCUAUGAAGCGCACCAUGCAGCAAAAGAAACAGGCUUCCGUCAAAUCAAAACGGCAAAAGCAGAAGGAGCUGAAGGCGAAGGGGAUAGCACGCAAACAGGAAAAAGCCACUGCGAAAGCGGAAUCCACACCCGUCUCCGAGCCAUCAACAGCUGAACCUCAGAAGAAGCGCAAGAGAGACGACGGGGACAGCGUGAAGGACGCUUCACCCUCAGAGAUUCCUGCACGCAAAUCAAAACUCGCGCAGCGAUUGAAAAGUGCGGAGAUGGCGGAAACAACACAAGCUGAUGGACCUGCGAAGCUCAGCCGAAGUACGCGACAAAAACGCAGCGACAAGGAUACGGCAGCCUCUGCCGCACCUGCAAAAAGCGCAACGCUGGCGGAUACUCCGAAGCCGGAUACAUCUGUCAAGACCGCCAAGCCUGCCAAACUCAAGAACUUGGUCGAGGAGUCAAGAAAACGGCGAGAAGCUCAGACCAAAGCGCGAAAGCGUCCGAGGAAGCAGCAGAGCUCAUGA